CAGCAGCAACAGAAGAACCUGAGGUGAUUCCAGAUCCAGCUAAACAAACAGAUCGAGUGGUGAAAAUAGCAGGAAUAAGUGCUGGAAUUCUGGUAUUCAUCCUACUUCUCCUUGUUGUCAUAUUGAUCGUCAAAAAAAGCAAACUCGCAAAGAAGCGCAAGGAUGCCAUGGGGACCACCCGCCAGGAGAUGACACACAUGGUGAAUGCUAUGGAUAGGAGUUAUGCUGACCAGAGCACCCUGCAUGCAGAGGAUCCCCUUUCAAUCACGUUUAUGGACUCUCACAACUUCAGCCCCAGAUUGCCCAAUGAUCCACUUGUGCCGACAGCUGUGUUAGUGCCUAUUACUGAUGAAAAUCACAGUGUGACAGCAGAGUCCAGCCGGCUCCUGGAUGUCCCUCGUUACCUCUGUGAAGGCACAGAAUCCCCAUACCAGACUGGACAACUGCACCCUGCCAUCAGGGUGGCUGAUCUCCUGCAGCAUAUUAACCUAAUGAAGACCUCUGACAGCUAUGGAUUUAAAGAGGAGUAUGAGAGUUUCUUUGAGGGGCAGUCAGCUUCUUGGGAUGUCGCUAAGAAGGAUCAAAACAGAACAAAGAACCGCUAUGGAAACAUUAUAGCAUAUGACCACUCCAGGGUGAUUUUGCAACCUGUUGAAGAUGAUCCAUCUUCAGAUUACAUUAAUGCCAACUACAUAGAUAUUUGGCUGUACAGGGAUGGAUAUCAGAGACCAAGUCACUACAUUGCAACCCAAGGUCCAGUUCAUGAGACUGUGUAUGACUUUUGGAGAAUGAUAUGGCAGGAGCAAUCAGCUUGUGUUGUGAUGGUCACAAAUUUAGUGGAAGUUGGGAGAGUCAAGUGUUACAAGUACUGGCCUGACGACACAGAAGUUUAUGGGGAUUUCAAAGUGACUUGUGUAGAGAUGGAGCCCCUUGCAGAGUACGUUGUCAGGACCUUCACUCUGGGAAGGAGGGGCUACAAUGAAAUCCGUGAAGUUAAACAAUUCCAUUUCACUGGCUGGCCAGAUCAUGGAGUUCCUUACAAUGCCACAGGCCUGCUUUCCUUUAUACGGAGAGUCAAAUUAUCUAACCCUCCCAGCGCAGGGCCUAUUGUUGUCCAUUGCAGUGCUGGUGCUGGACGGACAGGUUGUUAUAUUGUGAUUGAUAUCAUGUUAGAUAUGGCAGAAAGAGAAGGUGUUGUGGAUAUCUACAACUGUGUCAAAGCCUUGCGGUCUCGUCGCAUCAACAUGGUCCAGACAGAGGAGCAGUACAUCUUUAUUCAUGAUGCCAUUCUAGAAGCCUGCCUGUGUGGAGAAACUGCCAUUCCUGUCUGCGAAUUCAAAGCUGCUUAUUUUGAUAUGAUUAGAAUAGACUCUCAGACAAACUCUUCGCAUCUCAAAGAUGAGUUUCAGACCCUGAAUUCUGUGACCCCUCGCCUGCAAGCGGAGGACUGCAGCAUAGCCUGCUUGCCAAGGAACCACGACAAGAACCGCUUCAUGGAUAUGCUGCCACCUGACAGAUGUCUGCCUUUCUUAAUCACUAUUGAUGGGGAGAGCAGCAACUACAUCAAUGCUGCUCUUAUGGAUAGCUACAGGCAGCCAGCAGCUUUUAUUGUCACACAACAUCCUCUACCAAACACUGUGAAAGAUUUCUGGAGAUUAGUGUAUGACUACGGCUGUACGUCUCUUGUGAUGUUAAAUGAAGUCGACUUAGCACAGGGCUGCCCACAGUACUGGCCUGAGGAAGGGAUACUGCGGUAUGGUCCCAUCCAAGUGGAAUGCAUGUCAUGUUCAAUGGACUGCGACGUCAUAAACCGAAUUUUCAGGAUAUGCAAUCUAACAAGACCACAAGAGGGCUAUCUGAUGGUGCAGCAAUUCCAGUAUUUGGGAUGGGCUUCUCACAGAGAUGUGCCAGCUUCCAAGAGAUCCUUCUUGAAGUUAAUUCUUCAGGUUGAAAAAUGGCAAGAGGAAUGUGAAGAAGGGGAAGGCCGGACCAUUAUCCAUUGCCUAAACGGCGGUGGCCGGAGCGGGAUGUUCUGUGCCAUCGGCAUUGUGGUUGAGAUGGUAAAAAGGCAGAAUGUGGUGGACGUUUUCCAUGCCGUGAAGACUUUACGGAAUAGUAAGCCCAACAUGGUAGAAACUCCGGAACAGUAUCGCUUCUGCUACGAUGUUGCACUGGAGUACCUGGAAUCCUCCUAGUCAGAAUGGAUGUGACAAAGUUCACCAAAUACAUGAAUCUCAAUAAGCUGUUUUGACAACAGUUCUUGAUCCUGUGAAGAAAGAUUUUGGGGGAAGGGGGGAGGGAUUUUAAAUUUUAAAUGCAAAGUAUUUUUCUUAUGAAGUUGUGUAUCUUAAUAAAAGAACUCAAUCUGUUUCUAUGCUUGUAUACAGUAUCAACAUUUAGUGCCACACAAAUACUAUUUAAUGAAAAACACAGUCAGACGAGGUUUGCCCAGAUUAGGACUUUUCAGUGUUUGUAUAUGCAGCCGUCUCUCAAUUACAGUAGAGCGACCAUCUGUUGCAUGUAUCAAUAUUUCCUAUAUGGUAUUCAUUUUUCUUUUUUUUUCUUUUGAUACAUUGUUAAAGUACAAUAACAGUGCAAAUUGAUAGUAAGGUUCAUUCUUUAUACGUUUCAAGUGUUGCAUAUAUAUAUUAUAUAUAGUAAAAAAAAAACAAACCUGGCUUAUUUUGUUCUAAUGUGCAAUGAUGGCUGGAUCACAUAAAGAUCUUUAUAAAGAAACUUAAACAUAAGCCAAAGACUCAAGUGUAAAUAUGUCUAUAUGGAGAAAGCACAUGUAUUUAUUGUUUACUUGCAUUCCUUUUUUGAUGGCUGGAAAAAGAAGAAUCAUUUUUCUUGAAGAAAGCUUUUUUUGCUGAAAUCAAGUGUAAACAAUUUUUGUAGUUUAUUUUUUGUAUGUUUUAGUGUAAGUAGAAGACCUACUUUUUAUGCAUAGACCAAGAAACAUUGGUAUAGUGGUUUUGUUGUGUACAUGCUUGUGAUUCGAAUCCAUGUAAACAACUCGGUUAUAGAAGGUCUUUAAUUACAGGACCAAAAUCAAAACAUUUUCCUGAAAAUGUAUAUUUUUCACAGUUGCAUUAGUUAAGUAUGAUCAAAAAACUACGUAAGGAAGGGCACACAUCAAAAUGGGCUUGCCUAUGACUUGCACGAUAUUGGAAGAAAUUUUUAAGCACCAUUAGAAUUGUAAAUGAACCAAUUGUUUAAAAAAAUAUUGAAGCACAGGUCAACAGGAGAACUGCAAGAGAGAUGGCUCUACAUAUGCCCUUCAGGGUAAGAAAGUAUUUGUUCAGCAAACUGUAAAAUUAAGCAAUGUUUAAUUUGAUGUUUACGAACAUGUAAGCUUUGCUUCUAAGAAAGCAAAAUUUGAAUAAACCAAUACUAGAUUCUGAUUAUAGUCGUUGUGUACAAAAAUAUGACUGUGCUUUCACCUAGCUUGUAUCCAUUUAUUCACAAGGUUUCCUAUAUUUUACCAGCUAAAAUCAUUCCAGUCUCUUGUUGUCUUUUUUAGAACUGAACGUAAAAUGAUAUGGUGCUUUGAAAUAUUCUGUAAAGUUAGAGUGAAUUAAACUUUUAUUU